AUGCAAGUGAUUACAAAUUAUGAUAGUGAGCCCUUCUAAUUGAUAAAUACGAAGAGACAAAUAUUUGAUGGAGAGUCGGAUGCUAAGAUGAGACAAUUUUAUGAAAGAAGUCCUUCUUUAGAGGAGAUAGAUGACAUGAUAGAUGAUUAAGACAAAAGUGCUAACUACUGUUCACAUAAUAGUAAUAGACCUUCAUCGUAUAAUUUGAGUAAGGCUAACAGUAACUACAAGCCUCCGACUAUAAAUAUUAAAAAUAUCAUUGCAGACAAAAGAGAAACUUAUAUUUUCGACAAUCUGAAUUUCGAUUAGAAGGAGCCAGGAUUUAGUCCAGUUUGGAAGCAUGGAAGCUUGAAGAUCAUCAGAUUGGUUGCUAGACUUUUAUAUUAGUUGAAAACAAAAGCAGAAACUCUGAAGCUAAAAUUAAUGAAUCAUCAUAUAUUCAAAUACAUUGAUGACAAAGCAAGCGAUUUUAAUGAAUUCAAAUCUGGAAAGACUAUAGAUGACCAUACCUUUAACAAUAGAAUCUGUCGAAAUAUCAAGAGGACUCAUGCAAUUUUUUCUACCAUUAAGACUAUUUUAGAAUAAUUAUUUAGUAGAAUAGGAGUUAUUUAUCCUGAGAGUACGUUCAAGAUUAUAUGGGAUUCUAUCGUGGUAUGUUUUAUAGUAAUCAAUAUAUUCUUCAUCCCUAUGUCCUUGAGUUUUGAACUGGAUAAAUCAAGCACUUUAGUUUGGUUGUUCUUUGAAACCAUUCCAAGUUACAUUUUCAUAGUUGAAAUACUCCUUAAUUUUAAUACUGCAUAUUAUAAUCAUGGGGUAAUUCACACAACCAGGAAAGAAAUAUUUCAUCAUUACGUUUCUGAAAAUUUCUGGUGGGAUUUGAUGAUAUCCAUACCUUAUAUCCUAUCUUAAUUGGAUAUCCCCUAUAUUCAAUUUGUAUUGUUAUUGAGAAUUACAAGAGUUAAGUCGAUGGUUUAAAAUGUAGAGGAUAUGUUAAAUGCUAAGGAAUCAGUUUAGGCAGCAGUGGAGUUAUCUAAACUCAUCUAUUUUAUUAUAUUCGUUGCACAUAUGUGUAGUUGUGCUUGGCAUCUAUUGGGUAAAAUUGAAGUUGAUGUCUAUGGAGAUACUAAUUCAUGGUUGAUUCAUUAUGGUUAUUACGAUGAACCUUGGCACACUCGAUAUAUAGUAAGUAUCUAUUGGAGUGUGAUAACAACAUUGACAGUUGGGUAUGGCGAUAUUGUGCCUUAAACUUCCAUUGAAUAAUUGUUUGUAGUUAUUAUUGCUAUGAUUAUUUGUGGUGUGUUUGGUUAUUCUAUAUCAACUAUAGGAGAGAUCCUAAAGAAUUUAGAAGAAAAGAAAGGCCAAUUCAAGUAACUGAUGAAGGAAGUGAAUUCAUACAUUAAGGAAAAAGAACUCAAUUUAUAGUUAUCCUUAAAAGUCCGAAAGUAUUUUGAAUUCUACUAUCAAACCUAACAAUCUCAAAAACGCUCCUAUCAAACUUUACUUAAUAAUCUGAAUGAAUAAUUAAAGUAAGAGAUUAUGAUAGAUCUUUAUAAGAAGAUUCUCAUUCAAUCCAAAUUUAUCAAUGAUACAUUUAAUGAUAGUUUGAUUAAUCAGCUCUGUUAGAAGGUUCAGUAAGAAAACUUUGGUCCUGGAGAUGAAAUAAUUGACCUAAAGAAUAAAAGUGAAAAAAAGUUAAUUUUUGUUCUGAAUGGAUAAGUGGAUAGUUAUUUUCAUAUCUAAAGAACUCAGAAGGAAUAAUCACAUUCUAUCAAUCAAGGCAAGCUCUCUCGCACUUAUAAGAAAGGUGACAUCAUAGGUGAAUUUGAAUUCAUCACAAAUAAUGACUAUUCUGUGUAAUACAAGGCUAUUAAGUUUACUCAAGUUGCCAUAAUUCAUAGAUAAGAUUUACUCGAGAUCAUCAACUAAGAUAAAGAGCAUUUGUAUAAAUUCUAAACACUCAUUGAUUCUCUAACCUACUCUUAGAAAUUAGGUAGAACUUGCGAAAUUUGUAAAUGGACUCACUUAUAUUAGAAUUGUCCAUUUACAUUCUAUUAGCCAAACAUUUGGAAGAUAGUUAGAUAAACUUCUGCUUCUGUUAAUAUAAAGCGCAUCUCUUUUGAACGUAAGUCUCGUCAAAGAUACAAAACAAUUACAAAUUCUCAGGUGGCAAUAGCUACAAUUCUCGAUUUUAUGAUAGUUCAUAAUUUUAUCUAAGAAGAUUUAUUGUGUAGUAAAACAUUAAAAAGAUUAGGAUUCAAUAGUAACCUUAGAAUUAGUUAGAGAGAGAUACAGGAAGUUAGUUCAGAGUCCUCUCAAUCUUCAAGCAGUAGGGAAUCAUAAGUUUUGCGUCAUGAUAACAAUAAAAGUGGAUAAAUCAAAAACAAGAGAACCUCUUUAUAGUCUUAAAAAGAUAAAAAUGAUAAAUUUGAAAGACUUCGAACAAAUCUAAAUAUGAAGGAAAGCGUUCAAAAUAAUCUAUUAAUGCCAAUCUUAUAAAAGAUGAAUUCUAUUGGCUAAUUACCACUUGAUGAUCCCAAUAAUUAAAACUCUACUCCUAAUGUUAAAGUGCUUCCUUAAUUUUACAAGAAAAAACCAUCUAUUUCAACUAUAAAACCUAUGAUAAAGAUUGAUCAACAAGCUAAUGAAGCUGACAACAUUGAAGAUACAUUGAAAAUAUUCUCAUUUAAAAAAGGGCCUCAAAAUUUUGAUGAUAUGGAUCUUAUGAUGCAAGAGGAUAAUGAUUUUUACCCAGAGUUUAAUGUCUUCAAAGUUAUAGAUACCUACAAUAAGUGCAGAAUAAGAAAUUUGAGUUUUAGAAAAAAAAGAUAAUUCCAUGAAAAACUAAAAUCUAUAAGAUUGUAAAAACAAUUUAAUCUAAAAAUCCUGACACCUCGUUCAUCAUAACAAAUUAUUUGA